CGGUGGUAACUACAACCCGACUGUAGGAGUAGAGAGACACAGUGUGCUCCUCAGCCAGCAUGGAGGGCAAGCUGUAUGGAGGAGAGGACUACCAGAAAGAGUUUGACCCUAAAGACUACUUACAAACCUACUAUUCCUUUGACUCAGGCACUGUGGCUGAAAAUGAAAUCCUGAAGUUUAACUUGGAGAACCUCUUUCAAACCUUCUCUUCAGGAGGAGUGGGUGGUGACAUCCUCAUCGACAUUGGUACCGGCCCCACCAUCUACCAGCUUCUCUCAGCCUGUGGGGCCUUCCGGGAGAUCUUCGCCACAGACUACACUGAGCAGAACCUCCGGGAACUGGAAAAGUGGCUAAAGAAGGAGCCUGGGGCCUAUGACUGGUCCCCAGCUGUGCAAUAUGUGUGUGAGCUGGAGGGCGACAGGAGCAAGUGGCAGGAGAAGGAGGCCCAGCUCCGAAAGAAGGUCACGCGGCUGCUGAAGUGUGACGUGACCAAGCCGCACCCUCUGGAGCCAGCGCAGCUGCCCCCGGCCGACUGCGUGCUGACCCUGCUGGCCAUGGAGAGUGCCUGUCCCACCGUGGACGCCUACCGGGCGGCCAUCCGGGGCCUGGUCAGCCUGCUCAAGCCAGGUGGGCACCUUGUCACCAUGGUGGCCCUGCGCUGCCAGUCAUACAUGGUGGGCGCCAAGAAGUUCUUCGCCCUCUACCUAGAGAAGGAGACGGUGGAGAAGGCCGUGCAGGAGGCUGGCUGCCAGGUGCUGCGCUGCACCUACAGCCCCAUCAGCUACUCCGAGGGCUGCUCCAUCAAUGAAGGAGUCUGCUUUGUGGUCGCCCGCAAGGGCCCUGGAGCCUGAGGCCAGCCUGGCAGCGAAGGGCCCCAAAGGCAAAUCUAGGCCCAUGUUUCUAGAGCCUCACUCCACAGCUUCCGGAAGUCAGGCAGAGCCUGUGAGCUACCUCUCCCCUCCUAACCCUUCCUCCUAAAGUCACAGGUGAAACACAGACACCUCCCCUGUACGCACGCCAGGGAUCCAUCAGUCCCCCUCACCCUUUCCUAUGCAUCUUGUAGCAAAGAUCAAGAAAAUAAAACGGCUCGG